UACAUUUCAGGAUUUGUAGAUAGAUAUCAUAAUUCUUAAAACUUUAUGCAUUCUUAGUAAAAUUUCAGAUGUAUUAGAAGAUAGAUUAGUUAUAACAUUUUAUAGAGCAACAACCAUGCUUGAUCUACACAGAUCAAGAGGAAGAAUUAGAAGGGAAUUUACAGUGAGGUUCCCUCAUUUUCAAAUCCCUGGAGAGCUUGGAACAGUAGCUCAAUUUAUCAAUCCAGAGGAAGAUAACCAAAGAACAUGCUCUGACGAUAUUUUGAGAAGCUUAAAAAAUCAAGAGAUCAAAAGUGACAAUAUUUCAGAAUUUAAAGAGGAGAUAUGCUCAAUAUGAUUAGGUCAGUUUGAAAUAGGAAGCAAAGCUAUCACUCUCAAAUGAAACCAUAAGUUUCACUGAGACUGUAUCAGAAGGUGGCUCCAGCAGAGGCAGAUAUGUCCUUAUUGUAGAGAGGAAAUUUCAUUAAAUCAGAGUAGUUAAUU